CUCCUGUAAGCUCAGUCAGAGAGCAAAGGAGCAACUGAGACCAGAGGAGCAGGGAGUGCAGCAGGCAAAGAGGAACCUACCAUCUCUGCUCAUGGACUUGUUGGGACAGUCAGCAGGCAGCACCUGAGAGGCAGAGGAGCUCAUACCUGCAGACUUAUAUGUUUUGUGAUAGGAAGCGGUUUAUACUUCAAGGAGAAAAGAAGACUGUGCAUAGAUAAAUACUGGACCUCAUCCAUCUCCUCCUGAGCUUUGUUCUCUCCGCAUCCCUGUGGACUCACGGUGUGCCAGCAGACACGCCGGUCUGACCUGCAUCUGUAGAUGAAAGCCCAACUUGUGCGGAUCGUGCAGCUUUUCCAGCUACCACCCCAGUGUGCUGGAGCCUGGAUCCACUGCUCAGUGUGAGAGGCAGCGGGAGAGAGCGAGGGAAAAAGAGAAGAUUGCCAUCCAUCUCCAGCCCCCACGGCCCACCCUCAGGUUCGGACGCCCCUCCUCUCUGCCUCUUCUUUUGCCCCCUGUACCCCCCACCACCACCACCACCACCACCACUGCUACCACACCCCACCCCCUCCAACACCUCACCCCCCAACAGAGCAGAAAGCGUGAAAAAUCUCACUAAUGGGUUUAUUUGCUGUCAGAUCUGCGCCGAUCUGUCAUUCCCUUGGACCAUUCUGCUUGACACAUUUCAUAGUUGAGUAAGCCUUCUGGCUUUCUGGCUAGACUUAACAGUGCCCCUGCAACGUUGCGCUGGCUGAGAGCUCAUCAACAGAGGAGCGACGGCGGCAGCAGUCAGUCUGACAGUCUCUUGGACAGGGAGUCCCUGAAGCUGCAUUCCUCCAGUCUCCCUCUCUCCCCGACUUUGCGAACCUUGUGGGCAUCCUCAGCUUCUGUUAACCACACAGCUGGUCCUCCCCCAGAAGAUUUGGGUUGCUUCUGCAGGGAUUCUGGGGCUGAUCGAAAGAGUGUGAAGAUGUGGUGUGGGGCUGGGCCUCUGGCCGUGGUGGCUGCAGUGUUUUGGACUCAGUGUGUCCUUUUGGAUGGGGUGGACGCCAAGAAGGAGAGAAAAAGGCCAAAGGAGGCCACUCCACAACACACUGAGACGUACAAUGCAACUCUGUCCAACAGUGAAGAGGUCGGUGGAAGCAUCAAGAUUUCUGAUCACCAGAGGGUGGAUCCACUGGGAUCAUGGAUGGAUUUUGUUAAAAGACCAGUUGGAAACUUCCCUGGAAAGUGCCGCAAACGCAAACGGCCCCUGCCAGGCCCACCUGGUCCUCCUGGUCCUCCUGGUCCCCAGGGACCUCCUGGCUCUCCUGGGGCUGAAGUGACCCAGGAGGUUCUUCUCCAGGAGUUCAAGGAGAUGAUUAAAGAGGCUACAGAGAGGAGAGCAGCAGCACUCGACAGACAAACCAGCCCCAGCCAGUUACCUACAGCCCUCCUCACCCUGGAGGGGAUGACCUCCUACCGCCGAAUAGAAGAGGCUUUCCACUGCAAGCUCAAGGGACCUGUGGUGGUGGACAAGAAGACUCUGGUGGAGCUCCAGAACUUUCAGACACCACCGGCUAAAGGCGCCUUCCUCAGAGGGUCAGGAAUGGACCAGUCUACAGGGAGGUUCACAGCUCCCAUCACUGGGAUCUACCAGUUCUCCGCUAACGUCCACAUUGAUCACAACGAGGUGAAGAGGAGCAAGAGUCAGCUGAAGGCCAGAGACAAUGUUCGGGUGUUGAUCUGUAUCGAGUCCCUCUGUCACAGAUACACUUCACUGGAGAUGAUUGUUGGAUUAGAAAGUAACAGCAAGAUAUUCACCGUCAGCGUGCAGGGCCUGCUGGAGCUACAGGCUGGGCAGUACACCUCCAUAUUUGUGGAUAACGCAGCUGGUGCUUCCAUCACAAUACAGAAUGGUUCAGAUUUCAUGGGCAUGCUACUUGGUGUAUAGCCUUACACAUUAGCAGGGCAUCCUCCCAGCCGUCCACUGCCGCCAUUUUGUUUCUUUAAUGGACUGCUCAUGAGCGCCAUCACACAGGACCAAACCACAGGGGAGUUUUGAAGGAAUGAAGUAAGGCUAACACUGGCUUGGCUGCUUGUCAGACGGUGAAAGGACAGUGUGAAGGACUCAAAGACUGAGUUUGUUUUUCACAGUGCACUGCCACUCCCCCCUCCAUGAACUUGGAUGCAUGUUGCUUCACCAAUAAAAUAACCUGAAAAUAAAACAGAUGAAUAUGUUUGUUACAGUAAUUUUUCAUGGUUGUUGGAAGACCCUUGCAGUAAACCAAGCAAUUUUUUAAUGUUCUCUGUAGUUUUUGGAAAAGCUAGGGAACAAGAAAUAGUACAUUUGCGCAUUUAAUGUAUAUUGACAUAUCAUUGUUGUUGUCUAUUAUAUCUGUUGUGUAAACACUCUCGAACUAUUAUUUUUUGGAUUAAAAUUCACUUUUAUAUAUGUUAUAUGGUACAUAGACUCUGUGAGUACACUGGACCGUUGAAAUACGCUCAACAGAAAGAACACAUCCUUACGUGAUCUUGUAACAUUACUGUUAUCUGUUUUAGCUAUUUUAGCAUUAGCGCAGACUGAAAUAUCUUAGCAUCUAUGGGAUGGAUUAUCAUUAAAUUUUGUACAGACAUUCGUGGUCCCAAGAUCCAGAACAUGACUGACUUUGAAGACUUUUUCUCUUCUGCCACCAUCUGACGUUGACAUAUUUGUGGUUUUAAAUGACAUAUCUCAUCAAGUACUGGACUAAGUGCCGUUACAUUGCCUUAGUUCACCCCUGAAUAAAAUGUAGUAUUCUUCAUGAUCCCUUAUAUUUUCAGGUGAAAUGUUUAGUUUGUCCAGUAGUUCAGAUAUACUUUAUGUUUAGUGGUGUUUAGCAAUGCUAACUAGAUGCUAAACAAAAAUGGUGAACAUGGUGGUAAACAUAAUAUGCCAAGCAUAGACUGUCUAUGAUGCUAAACAUCUUAGCAUUAUCACUGUGCAUAUGUUAGCAUGUUAGCAAAGCACCAGUCCCUGAGCCUAUAGCUGCACUAAUAUGUUUUUAUUUUAAAAUGACUUUUGAAAAUUACAGAGACCUCCAACCAGAGGAAUGAUUUAGUAUGAUUUCAGAAAUAAUCUUCCCUUAUUGCUGAAAAUGCAUAUUCAAUUAUCAUUUAGCUACACCAGCAUGCUCAUGCCUGUGUAAACAUGAAGCAGAGGGCUGAUUGUUUAGUUUUAGAGUCACGUGAUAAGGGUCUUAACCAAUCAGGGAAGGAUGUGUAGUGACUGAUAAGACCUAAUCAGGAAGCAGAUGUGGCUGUCUGUGUCAUCAUUUUCAAAAGUCUCAAAUUGUCUGAAAAUUUUCACCCUGAAAGAACCUUUCCACAAGCUUCAUACUCAGUGACCUAAAACUGUGUUUGCAUGUGAAUAGAAGGCUGAAAUGCACAGAAGACAUUACAUUUUAAAAAUACCAAUGUAUGUUUAGACAAGACCUAUGAAGACCUACAGCAUGGCUGUAGACUUCUCAGAAAUGGAAUUGGUUAAGCUAUUAAAGAGAAGUUUUUGUGUCAGUCAGACGCUAGUCAGACUCCCUGGAUGCAGGUUGCAGGUAUAACUCUGCCAUUGACUGUGCAUUUCAAAAAGCCCCCCCCCCCCCCCCCCCCCCCCGCGCUUUCUACUUGUUGCUGUUUUCAAAAUUACCUUAAAGUUUUGCUGAGGAUCUUUGAAGUUGGGCUGCCUAAGAGAUUUUUAGUGAAUUAGUCAUUUAAUGACAGUGCUCGCCUCCCUGAUGCAAAUGUUCCACCAAAACAAUUCCCCCAUUUCUUUUUUACAGUGUCUCUGAUCCUGCGCUUAACUCCACCCAAUACAACAGUGAUUGAUUUCACAAUUACAAACAAGCCAGAGUGUUUCUUCCUCUAUAGUGGUCAGACCAUUCUUUUCUGCAGAAUGGUCUGACUGUGCAAGACUAAUCAGGCAUUGUUGACUUUUAGAUGAAUGAAGUUUACUGAUUUGUUCAGACACUAAAAGACGCAAUAUUUAUCUAGCUCGAGAAACUAGACAGUAAGUUACAAUUUCCAGACAUUUUAAUGAAACAUUUCUGUUAUGAUUUUAUUAUCAAAAAAUGAAAAUCUGUCACUUCUGAAUGAUGUUUAGGAGAAUGCUGCAGCUUGUUAACAGCCUCAUCAGUGGCUGCAUCAUUGUCAGACAUCACAAAGUCCUAUGUUAAUAUGUUAUCUUGUUAUUUGUUAAUGCUUGUCUAGUUUAAUAAGGUCUUACUUGAUGAGAUUGUUGCUGACUUUAAUGAAAAUGCACACGAGAUUGACACAUUAAAUUCGCCUCAGAUUAACAGAAAGGGUGUGUGCUUGAAAGCAGCUUUUGUCUUGUUUUAGUGUGUCUGACAAAUCCAAGACCUAAGAUUACUUUUGCAGUCCUGUUUGUGUUGUCAUUUAUAUACGGUUCAUUUUUUAAUUGUAUUUUAUUCUUUACAUACAGAUAUUUUUAAUUUAUCAUAACUGAUACAACAGUAACGUUGGAGAGCAUUGACUUCUGAUAUUUAUGUUUAAAUAUAACCGCAGUUUAUGGCAAAAUGUAUCAAUCCUGUGUUGAUUUACGCGUGUGGACUUUUAAAAACCACAGAUUAAAUUCAUAUCUUUACCAUUUUUAUUACUGUAAUUUCAAAUUAAAAGGUUUAAAAAUGUUGC